AUGCGCAUUCCUCUACUGAAUGCGUCUAUCAUCGUCAUAUACAGUGUCUUCCUGCUCCGAUUGACCUGGCGCUUUCAAACGCUCCAUUCGAUAGCAGCCGCCAUGAUCACGAACAUCUUGCUAUACGGACUGGCAGACACGAUAGCACAGACCAUAGUCACUGUAAAAUCUGUGCGACUACCCUUGGACGAAGAGGCAGACUUGGGAACAGUCUACACUGACGACCCAAAUGAUGAUGAGCAUGUCGAAAUGUUCAUGAGCUUUUACCAGAACGAGACAAAUGAGCGCAGGGGUGAAGAAGACCCAUCACAGGUCACAACCCCAGGAUAUUCUCCAGCAUUCAACUUUUGGAGACUCACCAUGUUCAUGGUUUACGGGUUCCUUCUGUCUUUUAUCCAGCAGCCAUGGUACUACAUCGUCAACAAUAUCUACGAUGAGAAGAAUGUGAUAAUAUCAUCCAUAAUGCGCGUUCUAACUGACCAGCUGUGCUUUUCACCUCUAUCAUUGUGUGCGUUCUUUGUAUACACAACCGUUGUCAUUGAAGGAGGAAAUAAGAGCGAUGUGGAGAAAAAGCUGAAGGCGAAGUAUGUGACAACGCUAGGCAUAAAUUACAUGGUAUGGCCGCUGGCACAGUUCAUCAACUUCGCCCUGGUCCCCCCACAGCUCAUGCUUCCCUUUUCUUCGGCAAUUGGUGUUUUCUGGACAGCCUUUUUGUGUUACAGAAACGCGGAGUGA